AUGGCGGCCUUUGAGGAGUGCCACGCGAAGGGCUUUCUGUGGAAAGCGGCGGGCAUGUGCAACGACGCCAAGUCCAAGUUGAGCCUAUGCCUCAAGGCCGAGCGGGCGAAGCGGGUGGUGGCCAACCGAUCGGAAGCACAGGAGAAGCGCGACAAGAUCCGGGCGAUGUGGAAGGAUAUUGACGAGAACUCAUGA